AACUGCGGAGCAGAGCAGCGGGGAAAGAGAAGAGGAGCUGACGACGUUUUGGGAGUAUGAACAGAAACACGUGUGUGGUUUUCCUUCUGGCGCUGGGGUUUCUUGUCUGCGAAGGAGGUAACCCUUGUUGCUCAGAGCCAUGCCAGAACAAGGGUGUCUGCACAGCACUGGGGUCGGACAAUUAUGAGUGUGACUGCACUCGCACGGGGUAUUAUGGAAAAAACUGCUCAACACCGGAAUUUCUCACCUGGAUCAAAGUGUCCCUGAAGCCAUCACCCAACACCGUCCACUACAUUCUCACCCACUUUAAGGGUUUCUGGAACAUCAUCAACAACAUUUCCUUUCUCAGGGAUGCCAUCAUGAGAUACGUCCUGACAUCCCGAUCCCACCUGAUUGAUAGUCCUCCGACUUACAAUGCUGAUUAUGGUUACAAAAGCUGGGAAGCCUACUCCAACCUGUCUUACUAUACACGCACCCUUCCCCCUGUACCAGAGGACUGCCCAACCCCGAUGGGAGUUGUAGGUAAAAAGGAAUUACCCGAUGCUAAAGUUUUGGCUGAGAAGCUCCUGAUGAGGAGACAGUUUAUACCAGACCCACAGGGGACUAGCCUGAUGUUUGCAUUCUUCGCGCAGCACUUCACCCAUCAGUUCUUCAAAUCUGAUAUGAAAAACGGACCUGCUUUCACCACGGCUAAAGGUCAUGGGGUGGAUCUCAGCCAUAUUUAUGGUGGCAACCUGGAAAGGCAACACAAGCUCAGACUUUUCAAGGAGGGCAAGCUUAAAUAUCAGAUAUUGGAUGGAGAAAUGUAUCCCCCAACGGUUAAGGAAGUAGGUGUCGACAUGCACUAUCCCCCUCAUGUCCCGGACUCUCACCGCUUCGCUGUUGGGCAUGAAGCAUUCGGUCUGGUUCCUGGCCUCAUGAUGUACGCCACCAUUUGGCUUCGUGAGCACAACCGAGUGUGUGAUGUGUUAAAGGAGAUACAUCCCGACUGGGAUGAUGAAAGGCUUUUCCAGACCACACGGCUCAUCCUUAUUGGCGAGACCAUCAAGAUUGUAAUUGAGGACUAUGUGCAGCAUCUGAGUGGGUAUCACUUCAAGCUCAAGUUUGAUCCCGAGCUCCUGUUUAACCAGCGUUUCCAGUACCAAAACCGCAUUGCAUCUGAGUUCAACACCCUUUACCACUGGCACCCGCUGAUGCCUGAUAGUUUCCACAUCGAGGGGAAAGAUUACAGCUACAAGGAGUUUGUCUUCAACACCUCAGUGGUGACUGAGCAUGGCAUCAACAACCUGGUGGAGUCAUUUACCAAGCAGGUUGCAGGACGGGUUGCUGGUGGUCGUAAUGUCCCAGGAGCCAUCAUGUACGUGGCCAUUAAGUCCAUAGAGAAUAGCAGACAGAUGCGUUACCAGUCCCUUAAUGCCUACAGGAAAAGAUUCUCCAUGAAGCCAUACAGCUCUUUUGAAGACCUGACAGGAGAGAAAGAAAUGGCUGCAAUUCUGGAGGAGAUGUACGGCCAUGUCGAUGCUGUGGAGCUCUACCCAGGCCUGCUGGUGGAAAAACCUCGAUCCAAUGCCAUCUUUGGGGAGACAAUGGUGGAGAUGGGGGCCCCUUUCUCUCUCAAAGGCUUAAUGGGAAAUCCCAUUUGCUCUCCAGAAUACUGGAAACCCAGCACCUUUGGAGGCAGUGUGGGCUUCAACAUUGUUAACACAGCUUCUCUGCAGAAGCUUGUGUGCAACAAUGUGCGUGGUCCCUGUCCUGUGGCGUCCUUUCAUGUGCCUGACGUUAAAGAGACCGGGUCCUUCAUCAUCAACUCAAGCACAUCACAGUCACGUAGCAGUGACAUCAACCCCACUGUCAUUUUAAAAGAAAGGACUUCUGAGCUCUAAUUAUAAAAUUCAUGUUUUUAUUUAAUAUGUAUUUAUUUAAUAUUUAUUAUAUUUUCUAUUUAUGUGUUUAAACUGAACAUGUAAAAAAAAAAACAUAUUUUUGUAUUUUUUUGUAUGUAUGUGUCUGUUGAUUUUGUCAUUUGUUACAUGGAACAUAAAAGUAUAUAUUCGUUAUUUAUUGAAAGACUAACUGUAAGUUACUGUGAGAAAUAAUUUUUUAUAAUUGUUUAUUACUUGAACUUUAGUUUACAGUUUCCGCUACAUAGCAGCAAAUAUAAUGUUUCUUUAGGAUAAACACUGUAAUUUCAAUGUUCGUGCAAGUUGCAGGGCUGUUGCUGCAUGCAAUGGGAGCUUUACAGCAUCAUAGUGUAGUGGAAUAUUCAGAAUGACCAAUGUUGAUGUCUUAAACUGAUUUACCACACAGUAAAGUGUAUUUCUGUUUUAAGCAUUGUUAUGCUGAUAUAUUUUAUUUGUAUUUUCUUUGUGCUGGCAAUGGUGACCUAAACUGUUUUUGAGCUGCUGAGUUCUUCAGAGAAAAAUUUCCUAUAGGAAUUCUGUACUAUGAACUUCUAUGAAAUAGCUAAGUUUUGUUGACUUGCAACUUCACUGUUAAUAAAAUGCGGGCAGGAAGUGCCAUACAUUUAUAAAAAAAAGACAA